UAUUCCUUCUCUAAAGAUAAAAAAAAAAUUAAAUAAUAAAAGGCCAAUUUCUAUAUUUAUGACACCUCAAUUAAAGACAGUGGUUCUCUCUCCUUCCUUUCUUCAAAAGUGAUCUAUUUUUACAGACGGACCACACUCUCAAGCUUCCUCCAAGUCAUUUUUCAGCAAUCCUCCUCAGCGAGGAUUUAUCAUUAGGGGAAGAUGGCACAGAUUUUGGCACCUUCUACACAAUGGCAGAUGAGGCUUACUAAAGUCUCAACUGAUGCAAGCCCACUGUCUUCAAAGAUGUGGAGCUCUCUAGUUUUGAAACAAAAUAACAAGAGAGGUGCAAUCAAAACCUCUGCUAAAUUCAAAGUGUUGGCUCUCAAAUCUGACAACAGUACCAUCAACAGGCUUGAGGGUUUGCUAAACCUGGAUAUCACUCCCUUCACUGACAGAAUCAUUGCUGAAUACAUUUGGAUUGGUGGGUCAGGAAUUGAUGUCCGUAGCAAAUCAAGGACAAUAUCAAAGCCUGUUGAACAUCCUUCUGAGCUUCCCAAGUGGAACUAUGAUGGAUCAAGUACAGGACAAGCACCGGGCGAAGAUAGUGAAGUAAUUCUAUACCCUCAAGCUAUUUUCAAGGACCCUUUUCGCGGUGGAAACAAUAUCUUGGUAAUUUGUGAUGCAUACACCCCAGCUGGUGAUCCUAUUCCCACAAACAAAAGACACCGAGCUGCAGAGAUUUUCAGUAACAAGAAGGUUGCAGAUGAAAUUCCAUGGUAUGGAAUAGAGCAAGAGUACACUUUGCUUCAGCCAGAUGUUAAAUGGCCUUUAGGUUGGCCAGUUGGAGCCUACCCUGGUCCUCAGGGUCCUUAUUACUGUGGUGCCGGGGCAGAUAAAUCAUUUGGCCGUGACAUAUCAGAUGCUCACUACAAGGCUUGCUUAUAUGCUGGAAUUAAUAUUAGUGGUACCAAUGGAGAAGUUAUGCCUGGCCAGUGGGAGUAUCAAGUUGGUCCAAGUGUGGGAAUUGAAGCUGGAGAUCAUAUUUGGGCAUCAAGAUACAUUCUUGAGAGAAUCACUGAACAAGCUGGUGUUGUUCUGACCCUUGAUCCCAAACCAAUUGAGGGUGACUGGAAUGGUGCAGGAUGCCACACCAACUACAGUACAAAGAGUAUGAGGGAAGAAGGAGGCUUUGAAGUUAUUAAGAAGGCAAUUCUGAAUCUGUCCCUCCGCCAUAGCGAUCACAUUAGCGCCUAUGGAGAAGGAAAUGAGAGGAGGUUGACAGGAAAGCAUGAAACAGCUAGCAUUGACCAAUUUUCUUGGGGUGUUGCUAAUCGCGGUUGCUCAAUCCGUGUGGGGCGUGACACUGAGAAGCAAGGAAAAGGUUACUUGGAAGAUAGGCGUCCAGCUUCGAACAUGGACCCCUAUGUUGUUACUUCACUACUGGCAGAAACUACUUUAUUGUGGGAACCAUCACUGGAGUCUGAAGCCCUAGCUGCUCAGAAGCUUGCUCUGAAUGUCUAAAUCAAUUCAUUGACAAUAAUCUGAAGGGGCCUCAAAAUGCAAUUUAUUAUAGACAAAUUCACCCAACUACUUAAGAGCUGUCUCCUUACUUCUAGAUCCUUUAGGGAAUUUCCUUCUGUAAAUAAAGGUCUUGAAGUGAGUAGUUCCACAUGCCCAAGUUUGUAAAAUGGGUUUCCCAUAUUGGAGUAAACCUUGCAGAUUGGCACGUCUUCAAGACUUAAGUUUUUCACUUUCACAUGGGAUUUAGUUUGGACAUUUUUCCAUUCAAUGGCAGGACCCCAUUUAAGUUUUUUUUA